GGUCAGGAGGUACCAUAGCUGGAGAAAUCCCACCAGUCCUCUGUUUUAUAUCAAAGAACCAUGUUCUGUCAAUAAUAUUCAUGUGCUAUGUGUAUAACUGAAGGAAAUGGUGAGCAUCAGUGUUAAAGCCAGAGACGGGGCGGGGACAGGGUAUAAAUGAAGGCAACAGAGAAGCAGAGCCCCCAGAAGGCUGAGGCGAGCUUCCUGGCAGGAGCUGGUCAGACAUAGAUUAAAGGAAGGGAGAGCAAGGAUGAUGAAGGAGGCAAAGGGGAGGCACGGGAUGGGCCCCAACUUCCCGCAAAGGCACCCUGGGAGAGGGGGCCCUCUUUGCAGAGGACCGGCUCUGAUGACCCAAAGUUGGGCCCCUCUGGAAGAGCGGUAUUGUCACUGGGAAGGUGCCACUGUGCACAGAGGAACCAGAAGGCGAGAACAAAAUGUACAGGACCGGCUUUGCGAGCAUGAAAGGACAGAGAGAUGCAAUAAAGCAGAGGCUGUGCCCAGAUCAGCCCAAGGCUAUUUUUUUUGCAGGCUCCAUGGCCCUGGGCUCAUUCUGGAACAGUCCCCAUAGCUCUUCCUUGAGAGGAGAGUUAGGGAAGCGGAGAGGUCGAUCAGUGCCAUUAGAACUACAAUUCAAAAGGAUGUCACCCCUUGUCACGCGUCCACCAGGUAAAUUCCAUCUGGUUUUCCCCUCCUCUCCCUCCCCCGUGUGCUCUGCAGGCACCAUCACGGUGCAUCUCCGAAAAGACAGCCGAGGCCAUCUCAGCCUGGUAGCGAACCCACUGAAGGAGAACCGGGGGCCCUUCAAGGUCUCCACGGAGUCGGCGGCAGUGGCAAUAUGGCAGACUCUCCAGCAGACCACCAGCGGCAGCGGUGGCGCCCACACCCUCGCCCAGUGGCAGCACACUCAGCUGGCACACUCACUCAAGGAGAGCUCAGCCACGUCCCUCCUGAGGUCAGAGUUCCACCUCAACGCCCACGUGUCCUCGCUGGUGGAAGAUGCUAACGGAAACCAGGCCGAGAGGAGGAGCUUUAACCCGUGGGGUCUGCAGUGUCACCUGGCCCACCUGACCCGCCUGUGCACUGAGUACCCGGAGAACCAGCUGCAUCGGUUUCUGUUGCUGGAAAACGUCGUGUCACAGUACAAGUACCCCUGUAUCCUUGACCUGAAGAUGGGGACCCGGCAGCACGGGGACGAUGUGUCCGAGGAGAAGAAGGCCCGUCACAUGAGGAAGUGUGCUCAGAGCACGUCAGCCUGCCUGGGCGUCCGCAUCUGCGGCAUGCAGGUUUAUCAAAUUGAUAAGAAGCACUUUCUCUGCAAAGACAAGUAUUAUGGAAGAAAACUCUCUGUUGAGGGGUUCAGACAAGCCCUCCAUCAGUUCCUGCAUGAUGGAACCCGCCUCCGGACAGAGCUCCUGGAACCCAUCCAGCGCCAGCUUCGGGCCCUCCUCUCGGUCAUUCGGAACCAGAGCUCGUACCGGUUCUACUCCAGCUCUCUCCUCAUCAUCUAUGAUGGGCAGGAGCUGCCAGAAAGGACCUCAGAGGGCCUGCAUCCUCCGGAGGCUCCGCAGCCGGACCACGGCAGCUCUUCUGGAAGCCUCUCCAAAGUUGACAUCCGGAUGAUCGACUUUGCUCACACAACAUACAAAGGCUCCUGGAAUGAGCAUACCACUUAUGAUGGACCAGAUCCAGGCUAUAUUUUUGGCCUGGAAAACCUCAUCCAGAUCCUGCAGGAUAUUCAAGAGGGAGAAUGAGGCUUGUUGCGCCUAUCCAGA